CAUCAUUUCAAGAGUUUAGUCCUAACGCAGCGGGUCAAAAUGAAAUUCUUCUUAUGCAGUUUGGUAUGUUCUUCACACUGACUCUGGGUAAGUUGACUGUAAGUGUUUAAAACGAGCAUAUACGAUGUAUCUUGUUUCGAGACUUUCAAUUAUUAAUGAAGGUAUCGAGUGCUCACACUACAGAAUCAAAUGAGUUUGUCAGGUCUGUAGACAAAUAGGACGAACGCGAGAAACAUGCCGCGUCUUGUUCUGGCCGCUUAGGUCUUGGUACAAUGUAAUUUUCCGUUGACGUUUGGGAUAGUUACGUAAGGAAUCCUUCAUUGUCACAAGAGUCCCCAAAUUUGGGCACCGUGAUCCUGUCUCCCUUAAGUUGACUCAUCAUUGUUUCCUGUUUUUCUCACUUAAUUUGCAUCUUAAAAUUAAAAUUUGACAAUAUACAAAAGUUUUCCCACAGAGUAGGUGGGAGAUAUAAACUUUUCUAUUUUGGUGGAAAUUAAAUGAUAUGUAACUAAAAUGUAUUAAUGGUAUUAAGCUAAUAUUCUAUAAACUGUUGUUGAUCUUAUCAACGUAGUCAGGUUUCGAUGACACUUCUCUACGCUUACCCAAAGUUUACCAAAAGUAUUAAACCCCACACAACAAUUUCUAAUCGAUCUUAUCGGCUACUUCUGACUGACAGCGUUUUGUUUAACUCAGUGGAGGUAAUUUUCAUAAAUUUUGCAAUAGUAGCAUGUCGAUUGUUAAAAUUUUCUGGGGGCCACCACGCCCUACUCUUUAUUUGAGAGGCAAUCAUACCCUCUGUACGGUGAUGAUAAACAAAAGGUUUCAUCCACAACACAAUGUAUUAAGCGCGUGUCACUAGCUUGAUUCCUUCUUUUUUGUGAAUUUCCAAAAAAUGAGAACAAAUGUGUAUUUAACCCAAAUAAAACUGAAAUAUGGCUUCCUCUAAAGGAGUCAUAAAGGCGCGCAAACAAUAUGAUGUCUAACAGCUUCAUUUCAUUUUUUUUCCUAGUGCACGUGGCUAGCACGUGUUUAAAACAGGCGUCACUUAGAUAUAUGCACACUUUCUCCGAGAGAAGUCUCUUUAAUCUAGAUGGUGCAUAUUUAUUCUAGACUAGGAGUAGGUGGUAACCUAUUUCUGAGUAAUCAGUAUUGCAUGUAGGCGCUCGCACUCUCUAAUUAUGUAUCAGCGACCUCUGUUUCUCGUUCUUUAUUUUUUAUAGCUUUUCAUUCUUUUCUUUUCUCUUUUGUGGCUCACUUAUUGGUCAGUCACCUAGAUCCGCCUGUAUUCGUUACCAUGAUUGGCUCUUGUUCAAAACUACUUUGAUCGGGUCAGUGGAAAUCUGACUCGUCCUAACUCUUCGGCGUCAAUUUUUUUAGAAAAGAAGCAAGAAACAUUCUGAAAGCUUUACUGGCAGGCUUAGCUGGCUUUGAAAGUAGCUUUACAGGUUUGCUUUGAGCCCUUAAUGUGAUUAUAGUGAAGGUAAUCAAACUAGCUUGGGAGAACGAUAUUUUUCCAUGCAAAAAUAUGAUGACACCAUUGCUGCUUCCAGUUUUAUAAUAACACAAUAACACAAGUGAUCUUACUUUGAACAACGUUUGUUGAUAGAUGAAUAGUUUUCAUAUUUUUUAAGGGGGAGUCACAACGUUUUCAGUGGGAACGGAGGGGGAAUUAGUCGGGGCCAACAGGGUUUAAAGGGGGGAACCACGGGAAAUUGACUGCCAAUGAGGGAGGCGGGAUAAUAAUAAUACUAUUGAGUCAUAAGGGGAAUCAGGUAUGUUUUAUCCUGACACAACCAAACUUCUACGACCCACCCCCUCAAUUAUGACUUUUGCAUUAUCAUAUCUUUCCAGUGUCCAUUCAUGCUAUAGUUUAUCCAAGUAUGAUCGCUGCUCCAAAAAGGUUCAUAAACGUCUCUAUUGGUGAGACUGUGUCAUUUAGGUGGCACUACAAUUCAGGAGAUCUAAAGAAUGAUCUUUUCGAGGUUGUGUUUGGUAUUUGGAAGAGUCCUGGCUUCCUGAAAACAAAGUUGAUAGCUGUCAACUCGAGUGGUUUUGCCUCAACAAGGUCUUCAUACAAGUCAACGGUGGGUUGGGCAGGGAAUUUGACAUCCUCUAUUGCAGUGUUUGAGCUUUACAAUUUAAAACUUGAAGAUAGCAAGAAGUAUGGAAUAGUGGUAGAAUACGGACUUCGGAAUACCCCGUUGACCGACUCGGUUCAGCUUCAAGUUGUGUCCAGACGUAAGUAAAAUGGUUCAAGACAGCACAGAGAAUAUUCGUUCCAACUCAAAAUUGUAUUUCAGGUUAUUGUGAUUAUUGUUCAUCUGUAGGUUAUAAGAAGGGGUCCGCGUAGAAGAGGUAGAUGAAUGUAUCUUCAAUAGUGGCAAAAACUGAUAAGGUUGAAGGGGAAUUGUUUCGUUCAGUCGGGAUCAAAUUUGUAGUUCCUUGAUCGGCAGGGUCCCUGAAAUCUUCUAAAAGAGGAGGCAGCACUGAAUUAUCGGGAAAGAGAAUUCGUCAACAGUAAUUCCAAGAUCACUACGGUAAUUGCAGAUUAUUGUUUUUUUUCGUAAAUACAAUUAAAACUGCCAUUCUACACAAGCUCUGUUACCUUUGUGAAUUGUUCAAACACUUCAUUUAAUUACUGGAAGAUUGAUCUACACAAUUGUGUUCCUGAACUACCGAGAAUUGAGGCCUCCGCUGCGCAAUAGGGGCGGGAAAAGAUUUUUUGACAUGCUGUUCUUAACACCUUCAAACUUCUUUACUUAACUGAUUGCAUUUCCGAAGUUUUAACUCUGCUUGGUAUUAAAGUUGAUUUCGCUCUAAUUAUUAGACACAGGUCCACCAAAACCACCACUACUACUCCACAACAGAUAUAUUAAGUGUCACAACAGCCGUGAGAGCUACAAUUACAGGGUCUCCAAAUACGUCGAAAGGUAAUGUUCGUAUCCUGUUGGUUUGCCCAUUCUAAGUUAAAGUAAUUUUGCACCAGCAAGCCUGUUGGUGUCUUAACUCAGGACCAGUAGCCUGAGUUAAGACUGCAAGUGAUUUCACAUAUUACAAGUCGAAACACUUCAUUAGUUACCAUCCAACACGUAAGAAUACUUUCAUUCCUAUUACUUAACCUCCAAACUGACCUUCAUACUCACUGAGCCAUCUACCCUUUACAUUACCUGCUUUCCCAACUACUACAGUUUAACCAUCAGAGUUGCUGUUUUUUUUUUAUUAUUUCUGUUAUAGAGGUUGGCGUUUCAUUGCCAAGAAAAUCUUCAGGAGAAUCCUCCUCUAACUGGGCAGUGGCAUGUGGAAUCAUCUUAUUUGUUGCGAUAACACUCACAGUGGGCCUUUGCUUUCACCAUCAUAAAAAAAGCCCUAAACAUGGCGUAAAUAAUUGCAGCUGCAAGACACUUGCUAUGGACGACUCACCCUUAUUCAUUAAAAGCAACAAAAAUGAAUUCGGCGUUUGAUCCUGGGAGAUUCAUGCUAAGAAAAUUAAAAGGUCUAAACACUGUGUUACCGCUACGACAGCAUCAGUUAAAUGUUUAGUAUGGCACGGCAGCAGAUUCAAACGUAUUAAUUUCAAUCGAACCAAACUAAGCGCACUUGAGGUAAAUAUAAAACCCCCAAGCUGGUAGGUUUACUAAUUCUAAAUAUCCGGUUAGUCGUUCAAAACAUAAGUGUGUUGUAAGGGGAAGUUAGUCAAUGAUGUAAAUCAAUCCAAUAAUUUACAAUUGAUAAUAAAUGUAUCAC